AUGCCUGGUUAUGUUGGUGGUGAUCCAUAUCAAUCUCCAACUUUUGGAAAAUCACUGUCUUUGAGAGUUGAUGGGGGAUUUAAUGCGGUAUCUAUAAAUCCAUCAGGAAGAGAUGUGGUCCUAGCUAGUAGACAAGGACUAUAUGUUAUUAACCUUGAUGAUCCCUUCUCACCACCGAGGUGGGUUUAUGACAAGACUCCAUGGCAAGUAGCGGAUGUUCAAUGGUGUCCACACCCGGCUAAGCCGUAUUGGGUUGUUUCGACCUCUAACCAAAAGGCAAUUAUUUGGAAUUUAGCUAGAUCUUCAGUCAAUGCGGUGGAAUAUGUUCUUCAUGGGCAUUCCAGAGCUGUCACAGACAUAACCUUUAAUUUUGAUCACCCUGAUUUACUAGCAACAUGUUCAAUUGACACAUACAUUCAUGCAUGGGAUAUGAGAAGUCCUAAUAGACCAUUCUACACGACUACAGAUUGGCAUUCUGGUGCUAGUCAAGUACAAUGGAAUUACAAGCAAUCGAAUAUAUUAGCUUCUGCUCAAGGUAAUGAUGUAUGUAUUUGGGAUUUAAGAAUGGGUUCUACUCCUUUGUACAAAUUAUCUGAUCAUUCAGGGAGUGUAAAUAAUAUUGAUUUUAAUAAGCAUCGUGGAACAGAAAUUAUGACGUCUUCAAAUGACGGAACUGUUAAAUUUUGGGAUUAUUCAAAAUCUAGUACAAGACCAAUGAAAACAAUUCGGACUAACUUUCCCGUAUGGAGGGGACGUUAUAGUCCAUUUGGAGAAGGUUUUUUGGUUAUGCCUACCGUAGGCGGUGGUAAUUCUGUUUUUAUGCAAAACUUAAGUCCAAAAGAUUUUGAAGAAGAAGAUUCUGUAGAAAGUAAUUUACAACCUGUUUAUGUUUUCAAAGGUCAUACAAAUUUUGUGACAGAUUUUAUUUGGAGAUCAAGACAUUCAUACAAUACCGAUAUUGAUGAUAGAGAAUUUCAAUUAAUCACUUGGUCGAAAGAUUGUGAUCUUAGGUUAUGGCCACUUACUGAUGAUAUAUAUGAGAAUAUGGAUUUUGAACGUGGGAAGAGACUGCAAGAAAAAUUUCCAAAUUACGAAUAUUCUUCAUAUAAUAGAGAGCCAGAAAGUUCUCAUAUUAUGCCCAAAGAUAGCUAUAAAGCCCGAAAAGAAAUAUUUGUAACGACCUCUGGAACAAGAAAUAAUAAUGAUUUGAACCAUAUUACUUGGUUGUCUGGUGUUCGUAUGAACCAUUCUAAUUCUUCAGAAGAUUUAUUUAAGACAAACAAAUAUCAGAAUCUUGGUGAAGAAGUCAGUGCGAUUGGGCACAAAUUCCCAAAAAUUGUUUUUGAGAAAAUUUCUGUAUCGACAGGUGAAUUGAUUAUUACUUUAAACGGGCCAUGGUCAGAGAUUACUCCAGGUGAAUCAAUAUUUUUAAGAAUUGAAGUUCAAAUCCCAAAUAAAUAUCCCAGUAAAGGUCGUAUACCCAUAUUCCACAUUGAAGAAAAUAGUAACCUAUCACAAAAUCAAAGGUCAAAGAUUAUCUCUUCCUUGAAAGAUAUAUCAAAAAAAUACUCCGAACUUAACUUAUAUUGUUUAGAGCCUUGCAUUAAAUUUAUACUAGGAGAAGAAGUUGAUCUUAAUAAUUUAGCAGAUGGUAAGGAUGAUUUUUCCAGUUUCGAUCUGGCAGAUAAACUAUAUUUUGAGGAUUUUUCCUCCUUAUCUAGCUCUGAUAUUCUAUCUAAAAACUUAUCUGAUUUAUCAUCAGAUUCAGAAGAUGAAUCAUUUAAAGUGGAUCUUGCAAAACAACAGAGCAAUCCACUCACGAAUAACAUGGCUGGAAGGGAUCUUCAAUUUGAUAGUACCCCCGUUCCAAAUGAAUGUGGAGCGGUAUGGUCUCCAACUGGGCAAUUAUUCUGUUUUUUUACAAAUAAUUCAUCGAGUAAUAAAGCUCAAAAUAAUUUCUUGAAAUUACGAGUUAAAAUGAACUUAAAAAAUAAUAAUUUAAAAAGAAGUGAAUUAAAGUCUAUUAUGGAAGAUAAAGGUCCUAAUCAAGCCAAUAGCAAUAAUGAACAGUCAAAAAAUAUAAGACCUAAACGGUACGUAGAUAUAAUUGCAGCGUCAUCCAAUAACCUUUCUUCAAAUAAUUUUACUUAUUCUAGUGAUAAUGAUGACUCUAAUGAAGAAAGCUCUGAUGAAUUUUCUGAUGAUUGGGGUGAUAUAUUAAAAAACGACUUAAAUUUUAAAACUAAAUUUUCGACGAUGAACGAAUUUUUGCCUCAGGUAUUAACAUCAUUACAAUCUGGGUCUAUGAAAGGCCUUGAAUCCUUGAGAAAAACUAAAAAUUGUGUAAUUCAAAAAGACUUUUCAUAUUUAAUACCUGAUAAGAGAGAGCUUGCCUUAGAAUACCAAUUUAUUGAUGCACAUCCGGAAGAAUUGGCAAGAAUCAACGCUUCCGUUAGUAACAGUUACGGUUAUGACGAAAUAAGUCACUGCUGGCAAGCACUUUCUGAUUUACUUAUGGAGCAAGAAGAUGUAAAUCCUUAUACGUUAAUAUGGGACAAUCAUCCUAUGGGCAUUCGUUGGUUUAUUAAUCAAGCAAUAAUAUAUUUUGAAUCUCAAAAUAAUUUACAGAUGUUAGCAAUGUUGGCCUGUGUUUUAGCAAACUUCAAUAAAGAUAUUGGUUCUAAUGAUUUAAUAGAAAAUGAUAAUGAAUAUAUUGAAACAAUGAAAAGGGUUGAAAGUGUUGUAACAUUUAGCCAUUUCGAGAAUAAUGAUUCUAGAUUCGAUAGCCAAUCACUUCACUCUGUUGGUCAUCAUAGAAAAACAUCGAGUUUCUCUGAAACGCAGAGAAGAUCUUUGUUUACAACAUCCCCUGACAACACAUCGAUCCAGUCUGAUGAUUAUUUUAAUUUCAGGGCAUCUCAUUCUAACCAUCCAAGCACAUAUGAGAUGAAUCAUAGAGGUAGUUUUAGAUCACAACGGACAAAUACAAAUUUACAACUAAAUGCAGCUUUCCAAGGCAAGCAAAUAUUACCGAUAGCAAACAUACAUUUUGAAUUAAUUGAUGAUGAGGUAAUUGACGCAAUCGAAAACCCGAUUCACACAUUUUUCGCCAUUGAAGAUAUAUCCAAACUUCAAUGGUACCAAUAUCAAUAUUCUAAAUUAUUAUUCCGCUGGGGAUUACCAAUUGAGCGUGCCAAACUAUUAAAAUUAGAUAUCAAUUCAGUAGGAAUCAAGGACAAGAACAACACGAGACAAAAUAGCUACCUAAACUCAAAGGGCGAAUUCUAUGUAGAUAAUCAAUUUCUGCAUACUGACAACAUUGGUACUAUUGGUAUUAAUUGGCGAGAAAAUGUAGAUAACGAUUUAACUUUUAAAAAUUGUGUUUAUUGUAAUCACCCAGCUGAUCGUAGUGUGUUCAUUUGUGGUAAUUGCCAACAUAUUAUGCAUCCAAAGUGUGCCCAAGUGUGGUGGAAGGUAGACUCAGAGUGCCCUUCUGGCUGUGGUUGUCACUGUCCCGACGUUUUUGAUCUUGAAUAA